CCCCGUUGGUCCCUUGACACCUCCCAUUGGCCAUUCUCUGCUCGUGGGCCGCGCACGGGAGAGCGACGGAGCCAACACCCGCCCUGAGCCGGCCGCCAUUCAGCGAGAGUCGCAUGCCAGUGCGAGCCGCGGAUGUGGCGGAGUGGCGGCAGGACUACGCGGCGAGGUUCAGUGGAAAACCCAGAAAAUGGCUUCGGGACAUGCGCCACAGCGGCCGUUAUGAAAAGCAAAACCGACACCUCGGAGCCGGGGACCGAGAGGGAUGAGGCCGGGAGCCGGGGGCCGGGCGGGGCUCGGGGCGCCCGGGACGGAAGCCCCGGACGGAAGCCCCGGACGCGCCCCGCAGAGAACUAGAGGCGCAGCUUCCGGCAGCGCAGGUGCGGCCUUGGGCGGAUAACGUCACGUGGCGAGGCAGCGUGCGGGGGGCGUCUGGUGCGGGUCUGCGAGUUAAAUGCGGCUGCAGGGGCUCGGGUGGUGCCUUUUCGGUUCAUCUCCUCAGCUCUUUGUUUCUCGACUUGGAUGUGCUUCCAACUGAAAGGCAGUAGGCAUGAAGACGGAAGCUCUGUAAAGACCGUAACGUUGACUCGCAUGAAGAGGGUUUCGUAAUACGCGUUAGAUAAUCACUGAAAAGCUAGGUGAUUGACAUGUUGCCUAAAUUUCAGGCUAAGUUCGUUUGAGUUAUAGACGAAAAGCUUGAAGGGUACAUCCGCAUUUUUGUUUGCAACGUGACUUAGCUCCUAAUGGAGGAAAACAACCUACAGUGCAAUGGUGUGGUUGAUGGGAAUUUUGAAGACAUUCUCGGCAAGGAGGUAAUUAAGUUUAAUCCUCCGUUAUACAGACAGCGUUAUCAGUACAUUAAAGAUUUAGUGGAGCAACAUAAACCCAAGAAGGUGGCAGACUUGGGUUGUGGUGAUACUUCGCUCUUAUGGAUACUUAAAUUCCACAAGUGCAUUGAACUGCUUGUUGGAGUAGAUACUGAUGAGGAUAAAUUACGAUGGAAAGAGUAUAAAUUGUCCCCUGUCAGUGGGGAUUAUAUAAAACCCAGGGAGCUGACUAUGACUGUUACCUUGUAUCAUGGCUCUGCAGUGGAGAGAGACUCUCGUUUGCUUGGAUUUGACUUGAUAACAUGUAUUGAGUUAAUAGAACAUUUGGAUUCAAAAGAUCUGGCCAAAUUUCCAGAAGUGGUAUUUGGGUUCUUCUCUCCAGCCAUGAUUGUCAUCAGCACUCCAAACUCUGAAUUCAAUCCCCUGUUUCCAGCAGUGACCUUGAGAGAUUCAGAUCACAAAUUUGAGUGGAACAGAAUACAGUUUCAGACAUGGGCUUUAGAUGUGGCAAAUCUCUAUAAUUACUCAGUCGAGUUUACUGGCCUGGGGAAACCACCAGCUGGAGCUGAAAAUGUUGGAUACUGUACCCAGAUAGGGAUCUUCAGGAAAAAUCCAGCAAAGGCAGAUGAACCGUGUGUUUCAGAGCAGCACAUUGAACAUGAACAUGUUUAUAAAGUUGUUUAUACAGUCACAUAUCCAAGUUUACAGCAAAAAAAGUACCGCCAGGGUGCAGUGCUGAAUGAAGUGAUUCCUGAAGUCUACGACAUGAGGAGGGAGCACUUGCAAAGUCUUAAGCAGCAGGAUGAUGGGCACCUUGGGGAUAUGCCAGAAGACACUGGCUACUUGGAGGCCCCCUUCAAAUGCCAUGAACCAGAACUUUCUCUUUUGGAAAAGGACAGUGUGGAAAAGGCUCCCAAACCCUUCUGUGUUGGAAAUAAGUUUUAUGUGCCCCUGGAAAGACUCUUUGCUUUGCCCAAAGUGAAACGCUUGUGUGUAAACGUAGAGAUGCUAAGAACUCUGAUUGCCGAUCGGGUGACUCUGAACAGUGACGGCUCUGCCGUGAUGGUGGACAUGCAUGACGAGGAUGAUUACUAAGCAUUCUUGUCUCCUGAAAUUCAGGGUCUUAGCAGGAGUUGGACUCAUUUAGGUUUUAAACUUUUUUUGUGUAGUCAUAAUUCAUGUGACUUUUUUUUUUCUCUAAGUGUGAAGUUAUGACAGAAAAGACCAUGUUCCAGGCCAGUGGCUUGACGUAAAGCCAGACUGUUUGCUAUAAACCUAAGAAAGCUAUUAGAGUUUAACACCAGAAGUGGUGUACCUUCCUUUGAAAUUGCAAUUUUUCUUCCAGGUUUUCUCAAGAAUGAAGAAAUAUUAGAUGUGGUAGUAUUUCACACACUGUUAGUUUAGAACUUACUUAACCCUAUAUUUAAAAUAUUCUUUAUUUGGGGGUAGGUAGUUAAUAGUGUGUUUGUUAUUAAAGUUUUUGUGUUAGA